AUGAAACCGAACGACAACUACGAGAUAUCGAAGAUAGGAAGUGCACGACUCUUGAUCUCGUAUCGACAUCCGAAGCAGCGCACGAUGUUGCAUGCGAUGACGAUGAUGAUGUGGAGGCCUUUUUCGCCGGAACGUGACCGCAGUAAGGCUUGCGGUGUCAGCGGUGCAACUAUGGGUAUAAUGUCUGUAUCGAUGUCAACCUAUCCUCGCUCUUCGAAUCAGUUUGCACCGCCACCUAUGCCCAAUUCCUUCAAUAUCUCUAGCGUCUUCUAUAAGGAGAACAGACCUGCAAAUCAGACGGCUCCGAUUUACGACUCUUCUGGAGUGGGUUCCAUGGCUCCCUCUGCAUUUUCGGAUACUUCUCGAGGUUCGCGUCGUAUGCCGAUGUGCAUUCCUCCUGCCCUUGCUACUCCUCGACGAACACGCCGAUCCCUUCCAUCUACAGGGCAGCAACUAAUCACUAUAUCGUACAAA